UCAGUGGAAGGGUUUAUUUAAAAGCUUCUCCAGAAAUGAAAGCUCUCACUUCUUAAAACAUAAGCUACUAAGAACUAUUUCUACUAUCCUACUGCAAAGUACUUGGAGUCUUGAACUGGUGAGUUGUGGAGAAUAGGAGAGAAAAAUCAAUGAAAAUGAUGAUGGAAAUAAGGUACAGAGAGAGGAUCAGGGAACUCAAUUUCAGGCAAGUACUGUUUUCAUUCAUACUCUGGUCUGUCUUUUCCUGUAUGAUGUCUGAGCAGGUUCACUAUUCAGUGCCAGAAGAAGCAGAGAAGGACUUCUUUGUGGGGAACCUUGCUAAAGAUUUGGGGCUGGAGGUCAGAGACUUGACAAAACGCAAGCUUGGGAUCUCUUCUGGAAAGCAGUACUUUGCUCUGAAUGAACAGAAUGGAAACCUGUAUGUGAAGGAUAGGAUAGAUCGAGAAGAGAUUUGUGGAAAAUCAUCCAUUUGUGUCUUAAAAUUAGAAGUUCUGGCACAUAAUCCCUUGAAUAUUUUCCAUAUAAAUAUUUUUAUUCAGGAUGUGAAUGAUAAUGCUCCCCACUUCCGGAAAGAAAAUAUUGACCUUAAAGUGAGUGAGUCUAAUCUUCCUGGCGCUCGAUUUGCCCUUGGAAAUGCUGAAGACAAGGACAUUGGAAACAACUCCCUCCAAGAUUAUAAUCUUAGCCCAAUUCCUUAUUUCAAACUUGAAGUUAAAGAGACUAAAGAUGGAGGCAAAUAUGCAGAAUUAAUAUUACAGAAACAAUUAGACAGGGAAACAGAACACACCCAUUACAUGAUCCUUACAGCUAUGGAUGGAGGAGUUCCUAGAAAAACUGGGACUCUUAACAUAAGAGUUAAUGUAACUGAUACUAACGAUAAUACACCAAUUUUCUCCCAGGUAACCUAUAAGGUAAGCCUAAAAGAGAAUGCCCCCAUUGGGGUGUCUGUGCUACAGGUUAAAGCCUCUGACAAUGAUGAAGGAUCAAAUGCUGAGAUCACUUAUACUUUCAGUGACAUCCCAGAAGCAGCUGAGCAGAAAUUCAAACUGGAUUCCAGAGACGGAACAAUUACACUUAUGGAAAACUUAGAUUUUGAGAACAUAAAAAAUUAUGUGAUGAUAAUACAAGCAAGUGAUGGAGGAGGAUUGCUGGCACAUUGCAAUGUGGAAAUUGAAGUUCUUGAUGAGAAUGACAAUGCUCCCGAUGUGAUCCUUACUUCCAUUUCCAGCCCAAUUCCUGAAGAUCUUGCACCUGGAGCUGUGAUUGCCCUCAUUAAAGUACAUGACAAGGAUUCUGGAGAAAAUGGGGAAGUCACUUGUCAUCUUCAGGAAUUUGUUCCUUUCCAGAUUGUCUCAUCUUCAGAUGAUUACUUCAAACUCCUCACGGAUGGUCCCCUUGACAGAGAAAAGGCUUCAGAGUAUAAUAUCACAAUCACAGCCACAGACAAAGGCACACCUCCUCUGUCCACACACAAAACCAUCUCCAUACACAUCUCAGAUAUCAACGAUAACCCCCCAGCCUUUGAAAAACAUUCUUAUACUGCUUACAUUCUAGAGAAUAACCCUUCUGGAGUUUCCAUUUUCCACAUCAAGGCCUAUGACCCAGAUCUGGACCGCAAUGCCCAAAUCACUUACUCCAUUUUCAGUAGCAAUAUUGAAGACUUACCUAUUUCCUCCUAUAUCUCCAUUAACUCUGAGACUGGAACAAUCUAUGCCCAACGCUCCUUUGACUAUGAGCAAUUGAGAGAGUUUCAGAUUCAAGUGAAGGCCCAGGAUGGAGGCUCUCCUCCUCUCAGUAGCAGUGCCACAGUGAGAGUGUGUGUCUUGGACAGGAAUGAUAACACCCCCCAGAUUCUGUUCCCUUCCCAAGCAACUGAAGGUUCAUUGGUCUUUGAGAUGGUGCCUCGGUCAGCUGAGUCAGGCUAUCUGGUGACAAAAGUGGUAGCAGUGGACGCUGACUCUGGACACAAUUCGUGGCUCUCUUUCCAUCUGCUACAGGCCACAGAGCCCUCCCUCUUCACCAUUGGCUCCCACACAGGAGAGAUUCAAAUAGCGCGAGUGUUACUUGAGAGAGAUGCUGUGAAGCAGAGGCUGGUCGUCAUGGUGAAGGAUAAUGGGCAUCCUCCUCUCUCAGCGACUGUGACUGUGAACCUGGUGUUUGCAGAGAACUUCCAGGAGGCCUUGCCAGAGAUGAACUCGCCACCUAGUGAUUUAGGGUCUCCAUCUGAUCUACAGUUUUACUUGGUGUUGGCUUUGGCUUUGGUGUCCUUCCUCUUCCUGGUGACGGUGACACUGACCAUCAUGAUGAGAUUCCAAAGGUCAAGGAACCCCACUUUCCUUCAGUGCUUUGUUCCUGACACUCACUCAAAGACUGGAGCCAUAUUCCCCCCAAAUUAUGAAGAUGGGACUUUGCCUUACUCCUAUCAGGUGUGUUUGUCCUCUGAAUCCAGGAGAAAUGAGUUUGCUUUCCUGCAGCCCAGUGUCCAAAUAGCACAGAAUAUUCUUGGCAAUGAAAAAUCUGGAAUAUCUUUGAUGGUCAGUGAAGGCAGCCAUUUGAAUUCUGAAAUGGAACCUGAAGGCACGGUGUCACUGUUCACCAAUCCAGCAGAGAAAUGUAUAGAGAGCUUCAACCAGCCAUCUCUGCUGGUAAAAUAG